GUUGGCUACAUCCGGUCCUUUCUCAAUAUGGCGAAAAUCUAACAACAUGUGUUUGAAACGUUAUCAAUAAAAGGAGUUUUAUUUUUCCCAGUUUAAGAGUUCUAGCCAAUUUAAUAAUGGAGACUGAAAACACGUCAGGAACAAAGGCCGAAGGGAGCGCUGCUAUGGACUGUGAAAUUGACACCUCUGCAGAAUUUAAGAAAGUCAAAUCAAAAAAGAAUAAUAAGCGUAAACUGAAAGACUCGGACAUGGAAUCUGAGGAUACUGUGGCUCGCAAGAGACCAGAGUUUCCGCCUAUUUCAGGCGACAAAUUGAAGGGCGGAGCGGAUGAGAUGCGAAAGGUUCCAGUACCUGCUCAUCGAUACACACCAUUAAAGGAAAACUGGUUGAAGAUUUUCACUCCAAUUGUUGAACAUUUACAGUUGCAGGUCAGGUUCAACCUGAAAACAAGAAACGUUGAAAUCAAAACAUGUAAAGAGACGCAGGACAUUGGCGCCCUGACAAAAGCUGCAGAUUUUGUGAAGGCAUUUGUGUUAGGAUUUCAAGUGGAGGACGCACUUGCACUUAUCAGACUAGAUGAGCUUUUUCUGGAAACCUUUGACGUUACAGAUGUGAAACCACUGAAAGGAGAUCAUUUGUCCAGAGCUAUCGGAAGAAUAGCUGGUAAGGGAGGAAAAACAAAGUUCACCAUCGAAAACGUGACCAGGACGCGUAUAGUGCUCGCUGACACAAAAGUACACAUAUUGGGAUCUUUCCAGAACAUAAAAAUGGCAAGGACGGCUAUAUGUAACCUCAUCUUAGGAAGUCCACCAUCAAAGGUGUACGGGAACAUCCGGGCAGUGGCCAGCCGGGCAGCAGAGAGAUUCUGAACCCCUCGGACGUCUGCCUUUCCUCCAAGACUGAAACACAUUGCAUGCGCCUGGCUGAGAUGUGUGCAGAUGACAGAAACGGUCACAGAAAAUAAAGGACUUUGGAUUGCCUUGUAGCUCUUGAGCAUUGUAGUCAUGCAAAGUCAUCAAGGGAUAUCGGUUUCACUCGAGUAUGUGGAUGGUCAUUAUCACCGAUACUAUACAUAAGUUUUUGGCUAAUGGAUGUGAAAGUGUAUCUGAAACAGAUUCCAAAUUUUGCACACACAAAGUACACCCUGUUUGUGAUGUGCUACUGCAUACAUUAAAGCCAGCUUCAGUAAGUUUCAAAUCAAAUGGUUUAUUUAUAUUCUCAUUGUCAUACAGUAUGACUGUUCCAAUAGUUCCCACAGCACAUGAUGCAGCAUGCAGAAAAAGUAAAGAAAAAUCUAACAAACCUCAAUUUUCAACCAUUCCUCACAAAAACUAAAACCCAGUCCUUCAGACGGAACGGUUGCACUAAAGAACUACGGCCUAGUCAACGCACUAACUACAGAACUAUUUAACUACU